AUGUCCAACACCAACGAGGCACUCAACGAGUUCUUGAAGGGUGACGUUCAAAGCGAACCAAGUUUGAGGAGUCAUGAGCGGGAGAGGAGCGCGGGUAGGGGGAGCAAAGACGAAAACUUCGAUUACGAGAGGCAGGACACCCCCGGGAGACACGCCAGCCAGUCACCAACGUCUGCAUUGCCCUCUGCGUCCUAUAUACCCCAGUACACUAUGGACGGCCAAAUGCCGUUCCCCAUCCAGGAAGUGAUUCCAAAUACACAAGUUACCAUGAGCACAGCAGUCGAUUCGCAACACCACAACUCCAUGAGUAAGGGAAACAGUAAUGGAGGGAACAGUGGACUGAGGGCAAGAACUCCCACAGUUACUGCCAAUGUCUUGAACGUUGGCGACUUCUAUAAUGAUCGCGAUACAAUCAACAACAAUAGCAAUGGUAACAUAAAUAACAGCAACGGUAACGGUAACGGUAACGGUAACGAUAAUGAACACAAUAGUGACGGUGGUGCUGACGACUCAACCUACCAUGACGAUGGUGAUGCGCCGCUGAAUGUACCACUGCUGGUGAAACCAAAGACGCUGUACCAGAAUCCACAGACACCAACCGUCUUACCUUCAACGUAUCAUCCAAUCAACAAGUGGUCCGCCGUAAAGCAAUCAUACAUGAAAGAAUUCCUGGCCGAGUUUUUAGGUACGCUCGUGAUGUGUCUCUUGGGUUCUGCCGUUUGUUGUCAGGUCAACUUGGGGGCCAGAGCCACAGAGAUUUCAUAUAAUGACAGUUUGAACAAGCUGACAGACAGCUUGCCAACGAGUCUGGAUGACGCGAUCACCAUAGUGAGAACGUUGCAGGAACUGGUCACACCGUCCCCCUCGGGAUCGUUCGACGCUAUCCCACUCGGUUGGGGGGCCGCCGUCGUCAUGGGCUACUUCUGUUCUGGUGGGUCCGCCAUCUCCGGUGCACAUUUAAACCCGUCGGUAACAAUUAGUAACUUGGUGUUCAGAGGGUUCCCCCUAAAGAAAGUCCCCUUCUACCUGUGCGGUCAAAUACUCGGAGCAUUUGCAGGCGCAUUAAUCACAUUCAUUUUCUACAAAAGAGUGUUCAUAGAACUGUACUCGGAUUGGCAUUUGGAGCAAGCGGUCGCUGCUGACUUUAUCACAUUUCCCAAACCGUACCUGUCGUCAGCAAGACAAUUUACCUCGGAGUACGUUGCCACCGCAGUUUUCCAGGCCUGCAUAUUUGCCAUGACGGAUCCAUACACCUGUCUGUCCACCGAUGUGUUCCCGCUGAUGUUGUUUAUCCUCAUUUUCAUUUUGAACGCUUCAAUGGGGUACACCACUGCGUGUGCAAUCAAUCUUGCCCGUGAUUUGGGCCCGCGGCUUGCCCUCUAUGCUGUCGGGAUGGAUAGGAAACUGCUAUGGAUCAGGUAUCACCAUUAUUUCUGGGUGCCAAUUACAGCACCGAUCUUCGGUGCAUUGACAGGCGCGUUGGUGUACGAUAUCUGCGUCUACCAGGGUCAUGAGUCACCCGUGAACUGGCCUUGGACUGUCUACAAGGAAAAGUUCUGGAAGUACUGGAUGAGAAGACCAAGCUGGAUGUACAAGAAGCGUGAGAGGGCUACAUCCGAUCUGAGCGAAUUCUCGUAUGCGCCUGAUGACGAUGACUACGAGUAUAACAUGGAGGAUUACGGAGCUGGUGAGUCAAACGGUAUCUUGAAGAAAGGUAAGGCCAAAACAAAGGCCAAGCAUCAAAACUCAGAUAGUAGCGACAUCGACGAGGAGGUUGUGAAUAAAGCGGUUACAUUCAAAUCUGUCCAGAAAAGAGACAGGGGUUACGGUGGUAUCCCAACCAUUUUGGAGGAGGAUGGCGGUACUUCAUUUAUAGAGGAUGGCGAUUCGAUGAUGAUGUCUACGGAUUCGUCAUCGCUGCCCAAUUUUGUGUCCACCACCAACGAUGAGAAAUGA